UGCUGGUUUGUUAAUGAGGAUCGAACGUACACUUUUCGACGGAACUCGGUUAUUCGGAAGCGUGUUACACAGCGUUAACUCUCUCACUCGUCUCUCAGCAGUCUGGUUUUUUUAAAUCAAGUAACCGCUACACCGCACAUUCACCUGUCCAUUAAAUUUGGGAAUUAAAUUCUGGACGUUGCCAGCAAUGUCUAAUAAAUGAAUAAAUAAUAAUAAAAACACUAAUUAGAAGGCAAUCACAUUGCCGUGAGCUUGUGGUUUACACAGAGAUCGGAACUGCUUUAGCAUGGCAGGGUUCUUUCCCUGAAGGACAAAUGGAACUGAAUGUUUUGUUUUGACAAACCAGCAAUUUUACGGUUACGAUUAUUGAUGAAGAAUUUCUAUUACUGAUUAUUUAAUUAACUUAAAUGAGAUUCCCCAGUUGCCAUGGCAAGGUUUUAAAUCGCGAUCAUUGUCCCGGUCUCUGCAUUACCAGCCCCUGCUCUGGUUCAGACCCUGUUCAAGAAUCCUACUGCAGGGCAAGUAUAACACUCUGGGUCUGCAGAGGAAGGCAAUGCUCGUUGGAUGCUAACAAGAGGAUGCCUUAUCAAAAUUAAUCUUCGUAAAACAGAAGUAAUGCAAGAGGAAUAUCACCUAAUAAUGCUUCACAUCGUACUUGAGGGUGCAGAAUGUCUCAGACCACAAAGAGCCCCACCCAGGAGAAGAAAAACCUCGGGACGGGGGAGGUUUCCACUCCAGGCUCCAAGAGCCCGAAGACCAGAGAACCAGGAAUGGGCAACUUCAAGAUCGUCAUUUAUGAACAGGAGAACUUCCAGGGCCGAUUCAUGGAGUUCUCCGGCGAGUGCGUUAACCUGUGUGAGCAAAACUUUGACAGAGUGGGCAGCGUCCGUGUGAUUUGUGGACCCUGGGUUGCUUAUGAGCAGUCAAACUUCCGUGGAGAAAUGUUCAUUCUGGAGAAAGGCGAGUACCCUCGCUGGGAUUCCUGGUCCAACAGCUACAGGAGUGACCGUUUCAUGUCCUUCCGGCCGGUUUAUAUGGAUAAUCAGGAGCACAAAAUCAGCCUUUACGAAAUGGCUGAAUUCCAAGGAAACAAGAUGGAGGUCGUGGAAGAUGACAUUCCCAGUCUAUGGGCCUACGGAUUCAGUGACCGUGUGGGCAGUGUGAGGGUCCACAGUGGCACAUGGGUCGGAUACCAGUACCCUGGAUACAGAGGAUACCAGUACCUGUUUGAGAUGGGGGAUUACAAGCACUGGAAUGAAUGGUACGCCCAGCAGCCCAUGAUCCAGUCCAUCCGCCGUCUCCGAGACAUGCAAUGGCAUCAGAAGGGCUUCUUCCAGCUGGCCACCAAGUGAGGAGGCUCCUCCUGCCAUCGCCCUCAGAGUUCGUUCACCCAGUUCAGUCCCCCAGGGAAUCGGUUCGCAACCCAUUUUUCAUUCACCUGGAGCAGGGCAUUCCUCUGCACUUUACAACGUAAAGCAGAUUCCAAAC